UCGCCGGAUAUCGUCAGUAUCGGUUAGACGCGCAACCCUCGACAUGUUUCGCCGGCAGCGUGCCGCCGUUUUCGUCAUCGUCGUACACAUUUUUUUACCCGGGUUGUCGGCAUUUACGUCACCGUCUAUGUCGACAGACUUUACGGGACCUACUUUCUUGCUGGAGCCUCCGGUCAAGUACGAGUUCUCCAACACCACCGGAGCAUGGAUCGACUGCACAGCUGCCGGACAUCCGGCGCCUCGUGUCCGGUGGCUGACCGCAGAUGGAACUCCUGUGACCGACAUGCCAGGUCUCCGGCAAGACUUUUCAAACGGCACGCUUGGUCUGCUGCCAUUUUCGCCAGCCAUGUACAGACAGGACGUGCACAGUGCCGUGUAUAGGUGUCUGGCUACCAACGAAGUCGGUGCCAUAGUCAGCAGAGAUGUGCACGUCAGAGCUGUUGUUCAACAAGAUUACAACCUCGAAGUGCGGGUUGUGAACGGUGGCUCUGCCAAGGGGUGCACGGCCGUAUUGGAAUGCGUGGCGCCGUCGUUCACGAAAGACAUGGUCAAAGUCGUGUCGUGGCUUCAAGAACCCGGUUUCUACAUAUACCCGUCACUACAAGGAGACGGUAAAUACCACGCCAUGCAUACCGGCGAACUGCUAGUGCACAACUUGGAGUUUAGCGAUCAAUUUUUGUCGUACACAUGUCAGAUGGUGAACAUACUGACAAGGAAAGUAACGACCAGCUCGCCAGCCAACAUAGCUGUACACGAAGCCACCGACAACGAGAUGGUCGAAAUCGUGGCUCAGAAGGGUUCGAUUCGCGUGGCUCAAGACGAAGGUGCAGUGAUCACUUGCAUCGCCGUCGGAUGUCCAAAUCCGCACUUUAGAUGGUACCGCGUGAUGGAUUCAAUAGAACCGGAACUUUUGGAAACCGGUUCGGGGAUCAGAGUACUCGGACAGGUGUUGUCGCUUGAAGCGGUUAGACCGGAAGAUGCAGGCAACUACCGCUGUUUGGCGACCAACGAAAUGGGCGACGCCAAAGUAGAUACUAGGCUGGACGUGGUCGUGCCCCUUCGUGUACAAGUCAGCCCAUCCACAUUAACAGUGAGUUUAAACGGGCAAGCCGAACUGAGAUGUUUGACAUCGUCGUUCAACGAUGGACCCCAUUUCAUUACAUGGUACAAAGAUGGACGAGUGAUGGCCGGCAGAGCCCAAAGGGAUGUGCUGAGGCUCAUGUCAAUUAACAGAGCAGACUGUGGCCUAUACCAGUGCCUAGUGCGUAGGGGCGACGGAGAAACAGCACAAAGUGCCGCCAGAGUAGUACUGGGAGACGCUUCGCCUAUCAUGGAAUACACUUUUAUUGAGCAAACUUUACAGCCAGGUCCUACUGUAUCACUCAAAUGUAGCGCAUCGGGAAACCCCACUCCGUCAAUGACGUGGUCACUAGACGGAUUCAAAUUGCCAGAUCAUCCAAGAUACUUGAUUGGACAAUAUGUGACGUUACACGGUGACAUCGUCAGCCAUUUAAACGUAACACAAGUGUCUGUCGAGGACGGAGGAGAGUACACGUGUACUUCUACUAAUCGAGCUGGAUCCGCGUCGCAUUCAGCUAGAUUGAAUAUUUACGGAGAUCCAUUCAUUAGACCUAUGUCUAAAAUCACAGCAGUGGCCGGUGAAAACUUGAAGAUAAAAUGCCCAGUGGCUGGCUAUCCGAUUAACGAAAUCCACUGGAGUAAAGACGGCAAAGAGCUACCGGAAGACUUAAGACAAAAAACCGACUUGAUUUUGGGUGUGCUGACCGUGUUGUCUGUGCAAAAAGGUGUAGACGCCGGAUCUUAUACGUGUACUGCAAAUAACAAGCACGGGCACUCUUCCAGUAGGACAACCACAGUGGACGUCAUCGUACCUCCCGUAAUUGAGCCUUUUUAUUUCCCUGGCGAUGGCCUGGUAGAAGGCACCCGGACCAGGGUCGUGUGCGGCGUCAGCCACGGCGACCCGCCGUUGAGUAUAACGUGGCUCAAGGACGGCGUACCCGUCACCGAAACGGUCAUCGACGCCGCCGCCGCUGUGGUCAACGACGAAGAAGCCGUCGACGGUGGCGGCGGCGUGACGGUGUCCGCGCUAGACUCGUACUCGAGUUUACUCAGCAUUCCCAGGCUCACGCGACACCACACCGGCCGGUAUACCUGCCAGGCCCAAAACCCGGCAGCUCAGGCCAGGUACACGGCCGCGCUCCAAGUAAAAGUGCCGCCAAAAUGGACUAUCGAACCGGCCGACGUGGACAUCGAACGAAAUCGUCAGUUGAUGAUCGACUGUCAAGCGGACGGUGUGCCCAAACCCACCGUUGUAUGGAAAAAAGCUACCGGGAGUAAAUCCAGUGAUUAUGAGGAAAUAAAAGAAAAAUCGCAUACGAAAAUUCUUGGUAACCACUCGCUAUUGUUACAAAACGUUAAAGAGGACAAACAAGGCUACUAUCUGUGUCAAGCUUCCAACGGUAUAGGAAACGCGAUCGGCAAAGUGAUCCAGGUUAACGUAAAAUCUUCCCCUCUGUUCUCGUCUACUACAAGAACGGUUAGCACUAAAGAAGGCGACAUUGCUACGUUGCAGUGCAACAUGACUGGAGACCAUCCUAUUGAUGUGAAAUGGUUCAAGAACGGCAAAUCUGAAACAAUGUCUUCGAGUAAAUUUCGGCAUACCGAACGACAACAAAUAUUUGGAGAAAAAGUUGUCGCUUCGCUCCAAAUAAACAAUGUGCAAAUAAGCGAUGGCGGUUCUUACGUUUGCCAGGCGAGCAACAUGUACGGCCGAGACCAACAGCUUGUACAGCUGUAUGUCCAAGAACCGCCCAUCAAACCGAACAACUUUAGAGUGGUAUCUGUAUCUAGUACUACUAUAAACAUACAAUGGGACCACAGCGGCGAUCAGACUUCCAAGUAUAUCGUACAACACAAAACUGCCGAAGGUUGGUGGGAUCCGACCGAAGUAAACGGCGAAGUGCGAGCAGCGGCCGUGCACGGUUUGCGGCCAGCCACCAAGUACACGCUUAGAGUGAUCGCUGUCGGAGACGCCGGUUGGAGUUCGCCCAGCGACGAUUUGAUAGUGGCUACAGAUCCGGAAAGGCCCAGCGGACCUCCUACGAGGGUUGAAGUUCGGUCGCUAUCUUCCACGCAGCUUUUGGUCACGUGGGCUCCACCCUUAAGAGACCACAAGAACGGCAUCAUACUGGGCUACAAUGUCGGUUACGCCGAAGUCAGUAUGGAAGUCAUAACCCACAACAUGACGGCGGUGUUUGGAGACGGCGAGGACGGUGGUGAGCUCAUUUUAUCGGAUCUGAUGAAGUUCAAGCGAUAUUCCGUUAUUAUACAAGCGUUUAACGAAAUCGGUAACGGACCGACGUCAGAUCCGACAAUGGCUCAAACCAUGGAAGACGUACCCUCUGGACAUCCGGUGGACGUCCGCUGUGCGCCCAUUGGCUCUCAGACGUUACAAAUGACCUGGCAACCUCCUGAACCUCAACACUGGAACGGAAUAAUUCAGGGAUACGCGAUUACAUACGAUUCGAUCGACAGAGACGACGAUAUCGAAAUAGGAAACCGCAAAACCACAUCUCCGACAGUUAUUCUUACAGGACUUCACAAGUACACAAAUUACACUUUGAAAGUGGCCGCAUUCACUCGAAUCGGCACUGGAGAGUACUCAAAACCGAUAACAUGCUGCACCGAACAAGAUGCACCCGGACCUCCCCUGGACAUUAAAGUCGCAGCGGCUUCGGGCCAAUCAUUAAUAGUGUCUUGGUCGCCACCCAAGUAUUCCAACGGAAUUCUCCUCCGGUACAACUUAUAUACCAGAGUCGUUGACGGAGGCGAGGAAUUGAAUCAUAUGAAAAGGACGUUGCCAAGCCAUCACACCACGUACGAAGCCAAAGGAUUGCAGCAGCACGUCGAAUACCAAUUCUGGGUGACGGCCUCUACAAAAGCAGGCGAGGGACAAAGCUCAAAAGUAGCCAUUCAAGUGCUUUCUUCACCUAGAAUACCGGCAAAAAUCGUGUCGUUUGGCGGCCUCGUCGAACGACCGUGGAGGACUUUUCUGAAACUUCCCUGCACAGCCGUAGGUCAACCGGUGGUCGCAAAGAAAUGGCUAAAAAGUUCCAGGGCCAUUCAGUCGUGGGACGGUAACGUUCAAAUCACAGACUCCGGUGACAUGACAAUCACUUCGUUGCAACGACCUAACAGCGACAACUACACUUGUCACGUAGAAAACAUACACGGUACCGAUUCCAUUGUUUAUCAGAUAGUCGUCCAAGUGCCACCGGAACCGCCAGUUUUGUAUACAGCGCGUACGACCAGCACUAGCUUGGUGUUCCAUUGGAGACUUUCGUCAAACGGAGAUGCGCCAAUCACGGGCUACACGAUCACUUACCACUUGCUUCCCAAAGGACCUUACAAACAAGUAUCCAUAGCCAGACAUACGACGUCAUUCUAUCUCAACGAUUUGGCAUGCGGUCAGACCUACCAGGCGCACAUCGUGGCCCACAACAAGGUGGGGAAUUCAUUGCCGAGCGUAGUAAUCACUGCCAAGACCAAAGGUAAGAAACCGAGUUGGCCGAAAAAAGCCCAGUUCAUCAAACCUAACUCGACGUACCUAAGACUGAAUUUAGAAGCGUGGUCGGACAACGAUUGUCCUAUCACAAAAUUCGUCAUCAGACACCGGCCGAUGCUACAAUCGCACUGGACUACUUCCACGGAAAACUUGAAGCAUCAGAGAAAGUUUACCAUAACGGGUCUGAUGCCGGCGACUGAAUACCAGGUUCAGGUAGAAGGCCAUAGUGCUGCCGGAUCGACCAUAGCUGAUUACAAUUUUUUCACAUUGACAGAAAACGGAGAAGAACCACCACCAGAGCUUGUGGAAAAGAAUCAGAUCUCUCAGCCUUUUUACUACACUUGGGACAUGAAUAUAUUCCUUCCUCUUUUCUCGAUAAUCUUUGUAAUUGUCAGCCUUGUCGUGGGUCUUAUUUGUAUGAAAAAAAAACGGAAUAACAGCCCGAUAAACGUUAGAAACACGCCGAGUCGAAGGACCUCGGAAAAUCAUAAGUAUUACGCCACCAUACACAAAGUUAACUUUGCUAGUUCUGAAAAAAUUCCAGAAACAUCUGCUGACAUAUCUCCAUACGCCACCUUUCCGCUGGACGAAGCUCAACACGGGUCUAUGCCAAUGCUUCACAACCUUACACUAAGACAACAAUCCAUUCACGAAAAUUACGCAUCUUCCUCUCAUCCGCCAAAGAUGUUCAAAGACAGACAUAACAAGGCUUCACAAGACUUGUACGAAAAGCAUUCUAGCGGUGCGCGUAUGGACGACUCGGAUUCAGAAGUCGAACAAAUGACGUCAAGUAGGACAAAAUCAUCCAAUCAUCUGAACAAAACAAAAUUAACAAGUUUCAUCUACAGCAGAGCACAAUCGAGUACAUCGUCAGACAUAUCUCCACCACCGUCAGAACAAAAGUCAUUACCGCGACGAACGCAGACCAGAUGGUUCCCAACCGGCCAGUCUAAAAAGUCUUCAUCGAUGGCCGACACAUCAAUGUUCCCAAUACCGAAUCACUGUCAACCAGACGCAGAUUGUAACACGGAAACGUUGAACAAACCCAAUCUGGGUAAAUCAACGUUGUGGUCGAGACCCGUGACAAACACGCAGAAACAUUCAGAUUACUCUAUAGCGGUUUAGAUUCGUUCACUUGUACACUAGUCUAGUCAUUCUCGAUAAACACGUUUUUGAUAUUUUUAAUCUAUUAAAAAAAAAUUGUUAUAAAAAAAUAUAAUUAUGUUUAUCUAUAAGAUUUUUUGAGCAUUUAUAACGUUUAACAUAUUAUUAAAUAUUAUAGUAUAAUAUAUUAUACAAAUUAUAUACUUAUACUUGUGUUUAUAAAAUAUAACAAUGAGAAUUUUUAUU